GUUGCCUAUUCAGAUGUGAUAUGCGAGCCCCCUGCAGCACAUAGUCCUCAGUGUUCGUACCAGUUCACUAAAGCCGUUUAUGCCAAUACCUCUAAUUUGACGUAUAGCAUUUUGACGCUGCUGUUUGGCGGGCCGUUAUCGUUUAUCUAUGGUUUGUCGUGUGGAGUUAUAAGCUUCUUUUUUGUUUGGUUUGUCACACCAUUUGUUCGUGCUUGGCUCAUUUUAUUGGGGCUGGUUGGAAAAGUCUGGCUGUCUUUUGUGAAGUGCUUCUAUGAUCCGUAUUUCGAGUCAUGCGGAAGAAUUUUCUCCAACGUCAAUAUUACCUUUCGCAGUGGUACUAUUCAAAACGUCUGA